UGAACGAGUGAGCUAGACCCAGGCAACACAGCGUGCAACACUGGAGGCCGACGAGGUAUAUACUGAAAAUUAUGAGAAUUGACGGGGAUCGACACGAGAUUCAGAUGUGGUCUGAGGAGAAAUUGUGGUGUGUUGGACAGAGGUCUUGGUCUUGUCACAAUGCUCAAAGAGGACGAUGGAUCCUAAAGCGAUUUUCAUAAUUUUCAUGCUCUUUGCGUUUCCAAUCAGCGCACGUUAUCUGACAGUUAAGAAGAGAGACCUGAUAGGUGACUCGCCUCCAAAUAUAAAAGAGGGAGAUGUGGAGUGCUUUUCUGAGUACAUGGAACUCUGGAUCCACAGAAUGAGGAUAGAAGGGCUGAGACUCUGGCUUUCCGGAACCCUGAGAAUUCCAGUCAGUCUGGUGUCCCUGGAUCACCUGAACCUGCAGCUGUCUAUCUGUGGAUACUCACUGCACAGAGAUCCAGAGAGAAACUACGUCUUCAGAGUCAUGUACAGCGGCUGUUUUGUCCAGCUGGAGCAUGGCAACUAUGUAAUAGUGCUGAAUUUGUCGAAGCGAAUCAAUAGGUUUGGAGGCCGAACCAGCAGCUUUGUCAUGAAAUGUCCAGAGGUUAUUCCGCCUACUAGUGGUGAACACAUUUACUGCGACCCCAACUUCAUACAGGUAACCAGGCAAAUUCCACUAGAUAGCUGGAACAACAAGCUCCAGUGGUCUCUGGCCCUGAGAGGGAAGCUGGUGGUGGCCCUGGAGGAUGCCAGCCUGGUCAAUCUGAGUGCUGAAAUCAACGGCUCUGACAUCACUGUGCAAGGAAGGAGAGACGUUAUGACCUUAGAGGCGUUGAAUUGA